CAGGAGGCCUUGGACCUGGACGAUUUCGACAAGAAAACCUCGGAGAGCAUCUUCCUCGCCCGGAUGGAUAAAAUUUUCCAGAGAAACGUCCGGAAGUGCGCACAGACGAACCAGUUUGCGGAGCGAAACGCCCGGGUCGCGGUGUGGGAAUCGCUAGUGCCGGACGAGUCGCCGGCGAAUUUUGUGCUACAAGGGGCCACGCUGUUCGAUUUAAGGCAGAUUGUGCUGGACCACGCGGAGAUCAACGGCAUGCUGGAUAAGGACAACGGGAGUUACGACAAAUUUUGGUCAGAGGAAAACCAACAGUUCUCCUCUCUUUUCUCCCUGCUUUGUCACCCGAAGAAGGAUUACAGUAAGCCGAAGCUGGCGCAGUUGAAAAUCAACCCGGUGGAUCCGAAGGAGUUUAACGAAUCCUUGCGAAACAUGAAAGACGCGCACGGUUGGUUCCGGACGGCGGGCAGCAUCGGGCAAAUGAUUCGGUUUGUUCGGGAGGAACACGUGCGAAACCAGCUGAAACGGCUGGGACUGGUGAAUAGUACUUCUAACGCAGGAGUGGUGCCAGGAGCAGCAACAGCAUCAGGUUGUACUAUGCCAGGGGCCGAUCAUCAUGGGAAAAAUGUCAAAGCGAAAAACAAAAAACAACCAGGUUCAACAACAUUAUCGUCCUCUUCUGCAACAUCUAAAAGCUGCAGCCCCGCUCCUGUGGACAAUACGAUGAAGAGGAAGAUGACACGCCACGACCACGAACACAUGUUCUUCUACGGACACUGGGAUGGAAAUAACAAAAACUACGGACAGUUGAAAAAGGAAAUCCUGGAUAAUGUCGAGGCGGAUAAGCAGGGGGGUAGUUGUAAGUCUGCCUGUGGCGUCGAAAAGGAAAACCAGGACAACGUCUUUCAAUCUUACCACAGCGUGAUAGAGAAAGACGACGCUCUCGUGAAAGGUUUGAAAGCAAAGUACAGGAUGUUGAAGAGCAUUCUCAACAAAAGCGGGAAGAUGACCAAGAACCAGAGUACUGUUCUGGGUUUUGUUGGUGCGGCGGUUCCACUACCCCCGAUGAAAAUGGCCAGCACCUCGUCCAGUUCUACGACGGCGGAUGGUGGUUGUCAUUUGGUAAACAGCACUGGCAGCUCUAGCAGCAGCUUCUCCAGUAAUUUGUUCCCUUCGACUACAUCUAGUGUGGCGCAGCAAGAAGUACUGCCAGGGAACAACACACGCCUUGUUACUCCAACAUCUUCCAGUAUUUUGGUCAGCAGUAUCGUGGCGGCCCCCAUCACCUCCGCGCCGUCGAGCUUCUUGCCAGAAACUGCGACAGCAGGAGCGUCGAACAAACGAAGCAGGGAAGUUCUGAUUCGUUGUGGUGUUGAGACCGACGACCAUGAUACCGGCGACGCGAUGGACGUGGACCUCGAGG